GGAUGAUUUUGUGGUUGAGUAUAGUGCACUUCCACUCCUGAGAAAUACAACAGCAUCCUGGCUGAAUCAGUGGCCCAUCUUACAUCUGGAAGCUCGUAUUUGGCGUGUAUGAAGUUGACCCGACAAGCUUCAAGUUCAAAGGCAUAAGCAAUUAGAGGGCCCAUUUGAGCUGGGAAGCAGAGGCUUUCAGGAUAACUUACUACCACUAGAAGCAUCUGUCUCAGACUUGGUGUCACAGCAUAUCCAGCUCUUUCCAGACGACAAGAGCAGGAAGGAGUGGAACGAUACAACCCGGUGCUUGCGCCUGCCCAACAACUCCCAUCAGCAUCGCAGAAAAACCUGGCCCGUGACAAACUCCGAGAUGAACACCACGAACCGUGCUUUAUCCCUCCGUUCCUCCAACCGCUCCUCCAACGGCACCACCGCAUCCACGAACACCACCUCCAGCACCAACUCCCACCACCGCUACCGCUUCUCCCUCACCUCCCUCCGCGAUAGGAUGCCGCAUUCCUCCUCAACCACCCACCAACCAACCCUCGCCAAGCGUCUCCACCGCCUCAUCAAGUCCACCAACACGCUCAUCGCCGCCCACUCGACGGCCGCGCGCGAGCGCCUCUCCAUCGCGACACAGCUCUCGGAAUGGGGCGAGACGACACACCCGCCCGCUCCUUCUCUAGGUGGUGGUGGUACAAGCACAAGUACCAACGACGGUGACGACGGGGCCAUCUCCGACAUAAGCGACAAGCUCGGCGUGCUGCUGUCGGAGCUGGGCGAGCAAGAGGAAGCGUACGCGCAGCGGCUUGAGGAGAGCAGGGCGGUCCUGAAAGUGAUUCGCAACACGGAGCGGAGCGUGCAGCCGAGCCGGGAGGGCAAAGCCAGGAUUGCCGGGGAGAUUGUCAAGGUGAAAGGGAGGGAGCCGCAGAGCACGAGGCUGGUUACGCUGGAGCAGGAGUUGGUGAGGGCCGAGGCGGAGGGGUUGGUUGCGGAGGCGCAGUUGGGGAAUGUGACCCGGCAGAAGCUGAAGGAGGCGUACACAGCCGAGUUCCUCGCCACCAUUGAGCGCGCCGAGAAGCAGGCCAUCCUGGCGCGGCACGGGCUGCGGCUCCUACAGCUGCUGGAUGACACGCCCGUGGUGCCGGGUGACGUGCGCCCGCCGUAUGCGCAUGCCUCACAGGCAAGGCAGAUCCUGAACGAUGCUGAGGACGACCUGCGGGAGUGGCGGUUGGAUGGUGUGUUUGUCGGCGAUGAUAAGACCGUCGCCGUGAAGGGAACCGUGCCGGUGGCGCCGAAAAUCGAGGAGAAGGGGAAGCAAAAGGAGAAGGUGAAGCAACAGGAGGUAGAUAAGGGGAGCAUUGCUGAGACGGAUGGUGGUGUGAAUGCCAGGAUUUAAAAACGGUAAUUGAAUCAGGGUGAGCAGGUCGGCGUUUGGGAACCGGGUACCAUCAUCAUUAUACCUAGACUUGUAGUUACCAUCGACCAGAAGCAAAUG